UUGGAAUAGAAACCCAGGAGCCCUGAGCCUUGGCCCUCAGGCCCCAGGAGGAAGGUCAGGAGGGAGGCGUGGACAAGGGUCCGGCCGUAGCUGGUCCCGUCCUGGAAGCUGCUUAAGUUCCUGGUUCCCACCGGGGCCAAGAGUGAUACCUGAUCCUGGGGGAUUGUGAAAUGACCUCAUGUGGCAGCCCGCCCGCGGUGCCCGCAAAGCCCUCCACCCUCCCCUUCCCCGCUCGGCUCCACCCCUACCCCACGCCCCCUCCCGCGCGCGCGGUUAAAUCCCCGCACCUGAGCAUCGGCUCACACCUGCACCCCGCCCGGGCAUAGCACCAUGCCUGCCUGUCGCCUAGGCCCGCUAGCCGCCGCCCUCCUCCUCAGCCUGCUGCUGUUCGGCUUUACCCUAGUCUCAGGCACAGGAGCAGAGAAGACUGGCGUGUGCCCCGAGCUCCAGGCUGACCAGAACUGCACGCAAGAGUGCGUCUCGGACAGCGAAUGCGCCGACAACCUCAAGUGCUGCAGCGCGGGCUGUGCCACCUUCUGCUCUCUGCCCAAUGAUAAGGAGGGUUCCUGCCCCCAGGUGAACAUUAACUUUCCCCAGCUCGGCCUCUGUCGGGACCAGUGCCAGGUGGACAGCCAGUGUCCUGGCCAGAUGAAAUGCUGCCGCAAUGGCUGUGGGAAGGUGUCCUGUGUCACUCCCAAUUUCUGAGCUCCAGCCACCACCAGGCUGAGCAGUGAGGAGAGAAAGUUUCUGCCUGGCCCUGCAUCUGGUUCCAGCCCACCAGCCCUCUCCUUUUUCGGGACUCUGUAUUCCCUCUUGGGCUGACCACAGCUUCUCCCUUUCCCAACCAAUAAAGUAACCACUUUCAGCA